AUGGAUUGGGGGGUUUAUUGGGUGUUUUUUAGGGGGGGGGGGGGGGGGGGGGGGGGGGGGGGGGGGGGGGGGGGGGGGGGGGGGGGGGGGGGGGGGGGGGGGGGGGGGGGGGGGUGGGGGGGGGGGGGGGGGGGGGGGGGGGGGGGGGGGGGGGGGGGGGGGGGGGGGGAGGAGGUUGGGGGAUGGGGGGGGGGAGGUUGGGUGGUGGGGCGGAGGUUUGGGUGGGGGGGGGGGGGGGGGGGGGGGGGGGGGAGGGAGGGUUGUUUUUUGAGGGAGAGCGAGGGUGGGUUUUUUGGUUGGUGGGAGGUUUUUGGGUGUUGGUGGGGGAGGGUUGGGUGA